AUGCAUUUAUAGAAUCUGAAUGUCUAUCGAUAGUUUUUUGUGCAUGAAUAAAUAAAGUUUGUGAACAAUUCUCAAAUUGUUCUUCAUAUUACUAUUCAGAGUAUAACAGAUUGUUAAUAGGUUUCAAAGUAAUGUUCAUGA